AUGAUUUGUGGAGGUGACUACCUUCAUCUUAGAUGUUCUGCACAUAUACUUAACUUGGUGGUUAAUGAUGGGUUAAAGGAGUUAAAGAACAGCUUUGAUUCAAUCCGCAAUGCAGUUAAAUAUGUUCGUUCUUCUCCAGCUCGUCUCCAAAAGUUCAAGAAUAUUGCUGAAUUAGAGAAAGUGGACACCACCAGCCUUGUUUGUCUUGAUGUUAAUACUCGGUGGAAUUCAACAUAUUUGAUGUUGGAAUCUGCUUUGAAAUUUCAAAAGGCUUUUGAACGGUUGGAAGAUGAAGAUGAUGAUUAUGAGGCAUACUUUGCUAGAGGUUCCAGGAAUGAAGGCCCUCCUAAAGCUAGUGAUUGGAAUAAGGCAAGAAUGUUUCUUAAAUUCUUGAAGGUGUUCUAUGACAUAACUCUAAUGUUUUCAAGUUCACUAGAUGUCACUUCUAACACUUGUUUCCACCAAAUUGCUCUAAUUCAUGAGUUGUUGGAAGAGAACAUUGUGAAUGCCGAUCCUUUACUUAUGGAGAUGUCCCUUAGCAUGAGAAGUAAAUAUGAAAAAUAUUGGGGUCAAACAGAGAACAUGAAUCCUUUGCUCAUUGUUGCUGUGAUUUUGGAUCCUCGCUACAAGCUUGCUUAUGUAUAUCAUAUUUUUGAUCAGCUUUUUCAUGAUGUGGAAGUUUGCAUGGCCAUGAAAAUUAAGAUUAGAGAUGUUUUGUAUCGCAUGUUUGAUGAGUAUUCUGUGGGGCAAGCAACUAGUAGUACUUCAAGCAAUGUUUCUUCUGUACCCCCAAGAUCAUCAACAUCAACGAUGCUACAAGGCCAAGGCAGUAGAGAUCCAGGUCGCAGAUGGUUGGCAUCCCAGAAAGAAAAAAGCUCCUCAGACCCACAAUCUGAAUUAGAUAGAUAUCUUUCAUCUUCUUCAGCCGAUGAUACCCCUGUUGAUGAUGAUUUUGAUAUAUUAGCAUGGUGGAGAGUCAAUUCUAGUAAAUAUAAAAUACUUUCUAGGAUGGCACGUGAUAUCUUGGCUGUGCCAGUGUCUACAGUGGCCUCUGAAUCAGCCUUUAGCACUGGAGGACGUAUAGUGGACUCUUAUAGGAGUUCACUAUCACCAACAAUGACUGAAGCACUUAUCUGUGCCCAAAAUUGGCUACUCCCUGGGAGAUCUCUCUCUGAAUUUACAUCCAUGCUUCAAGAGUUUGAUAACUUUCAGGAAACAGAGGGUGUGGUGAAGACUGAUUAUUCCAGUGUUACUGAUGUUGGAGAGGAUGUUGAUCUUUUGGUUAGUUAG